AUGCGCACGACUUUUGCUACUGUUGCUCUGGCUGCUGCUGCUGUGUCGGCUGCCGAGCUCCCGCUCUCUCAGCGCCUCGCCGAUUCGGCCAUGUCUCGCCAACAAGGAGCCCUGCCUAACGUUCGUUAUGAGACCGGAGUUUUCCAACGCGCCUUGGAGGCCAUAUAUGCAAAGACUAAGGUGGCCAAGUAUCGUGAUUACCACCUCAAACAGGUUGAUUCCAUGAUCUCAGCCAACGGAACUGUUACUGGCUACAAUUUCACACUUUACAGUUUGGAUCCCAUCCGAACUGGUGAAUCGAUCUUAUAUGCCUACGAGCAAACAAACCAGACCAAGUACAAGGUCGCUUUGGAUACAUUCCGUAGGCAACUCGAUGCGCAGCCCCGUACCCCGGCCGGCGCAUUCUGGCACCGUAUCGUUUUCGAUCUUGUUGAGCAGAACCUACGAGUAUCCCCCAACUCGUUCCCCAACAACUCCGCCAACGGGCUCCUCUACCACGGCUACGAUGCCGGUCUGACGGCGGUAUGGGCGCAACCUCCCACUGGUCGCUGCAUCGAAGUCUGGAACCGUGCUGUUGGGUGGUAUGCCAUGGCUCUCGUCGAUGUUCUCGACCACUUCCCCCAGAAGCAUGCGGGAUACAAGAAGAUUAGGGGAUACCUCGAGCGCCUUGCCCCCUACAUUGUCGACUCCGCCGACCCCGUCACCGGCAACUGGUGGUUGGUCAUGGGAUACCCUAACCGUGCGCGCAACUACAUUGAGAGCAGCGGUAGCGCUAUGUUCGUCUACUCCUUGCUCAGGGGUGUGCGCAAGGGAUACUUGCCCAAGAAGAACUACGUCAAGACUGCGACCAGGGCGUACGAAUACUUGGCCAAGACUUUUGUUGUUCCUGAGACCAACGGCACUUUGUCCUGGAACGGAACCGUCUCUGUCGGCUCCCUCGGCUCUAACGGGACCUUUGAUUACUACGUUUCGGUUGCCGAACAACAAAACGACCUCAAGGGCCUUGCACCAUUUAUUCUUGCCAGUCUCGAAUACGAGGCACUCUAA